CGAAUUUCUUGAUGAAUGUGACACCAGAUUGAGACGCAAACCGUGUACAUUUAUAAUGGGUAAUCAUUUGUCAAGAAGAGUUGUAGAAAGACUUAAUCUAUACGAAAACAAGGGAGUUAUUCAAAUUAUG